AUGUUUUUUUUUGUAAUAUUUUCUCUACUUGUUGUGGUGGCUGUGGCAGUGGUGCCUGCUGCUCAGGCCUUCCGUAUGAAGGUUGCAUCCUAUGCCUAUGGACUCCACUUCAUGAUGGUAGCGAAUGAUCUUCCGAAACAGUUUACAGGAACUAAUUAUAUGCGAAUGCAACAGGCACCGACAACACAAGCAUCCAGACGCGUCAUUCGAAUCGUGUUCAUUCGACAUGGUCAAUCAGUUUGGAAUUCUUUAUUUAAUUCUUAUGGAAUGUACUGGCCUGUACGCAUGGUGAAAGCAAUGAUCAGUGAGGCAAUAUACUUUGUCCAGGAUCCAUUUAAUUCAGUUAUUAUUGAUUCUCCUUUAAGCUCUAAGGGCAAUGCAGAGGUUCAGGAGUUGGCACAGUUUAUACGUACAGCUAAGGGAAAAGUAUCUUAUGAUGUUGAUACAUCCCUCAUUGUUUGUAGCAACCUUCGUCGUGCAAUGGAAACAGCGGUUAUUGGCAUGGGACCUCGUAUUUCAUCUACUAAUGAAAGGAUAUUAAUUGAUUCAUCAUUACAAGAGGGUUCCCGUAAUAUCGACGCGCAAACACUUUCCACUGAGAAAGGGAAAAUAAUUCCCUGCAAAAUUGGAAGGUACAAUACUCCAUCGUUGCUUAGUACAGUUUUUGAUGCUCGUCUUAAUGCUGGUAAUAGAACACCUCAGACGAAUGUUUAUGGGCGUAUGGAUGAGUUUGUUUAUCAUCUCUUUGAUGGUACUAAAGAGACUUCAUAUCGACCAGCAUCCACAACGAAGCGUUCAAAUGCAGAUUUAAAGGAAGUGGUUGUGGUUGGUCAUAGUGGUUAUUUUCGUUGCUUCUUUCGUCGUUUUUUGCCAUCAUCCUCUAGGCAUAUUGCCAAACAAAAAAAGAUUCAGAACUGUGGUGUGGUUGCGUUUGAUUUGGUUCGUAACGAGUUAACAAAUGAGGUUUCCAUUGAUGAGUCUACAAUAUCUGUUCUUUACAAGGGUUUCUGA